UACAGUUUAACCUUUGACCCCGACCUUAAGGCGCAGAUAGCAGUAGCGACAGCUCAGUUCUGCCGCCCGGCACCGGGGACGAAGCCAACAUGCUUGUGCCUAUCGUUGAUUUCAGCGUCUACGCCGUAGGCAAGGAGCAGCCGACCGAUGAGAUGCUGAGCGACGUCGCCGAGAAGAUGAGGGCUGCGUUUUGUGACAUCGGCUUCUUGUACCUGCAGAACACUGGGAUCGAACAGCACGAGGUGAACCAAGCCUUGGAGGUCUCUAGGAAGUUCUUCCUGCAGCCCACUGAAUUCAAGAUGCUGUUUGCCAGAGGGAGCUUCCCAGAGCGUUAUAAUCACGGCUGGAUUUCCUCUGAGGGCGAAAGUUUGAACCCAAAGCGUCCAGGAGACCUUAAAGAGGCAUUCAACGUGUCCAUCCUGCACCCAGAUUUGAAGUGGCCUUCAGACGAGGCUGUGGUGGGAUUUCACGAGGUGCUGGAGUCCUUCUUCCAGAAGUGUGUGGACCUGUCCCUCAGAGUGAUGACCGUGAUGGCACGGAGCCUGGGGCUGCCCAGCGACUUCUUCAGCACCAAGCAUCAGUGUUUUGGGGCCAACAAUAACUCCAGCACCCUGAGGUCUCUGUAUUACCCACCUGUGGACCCGUCUGAUGUGAAGCUGAAUCAGGUGCGCUGCGGCGAGCACUCCGACUACGGCACCAUCACGCUGCUCUUCCAGGACGGGGUCACCACUGGCUUGGAGGUCAUGACCAGAGCUGGGGACUACGUGCCAGUGCCCUCCAUCCCGGGCCACGUCCUCUUAAACCUCGGCGACUUGCUGCAGAUGUGGACGUCGGACCUGUUUGUGUCCUCGAAGCACAGAGUCCCACUGCCAACAGUGGAGAUGAUGAGGGGCACCAGGCAGUCCAUCGCUUUCUUCGUUCAGCCGGAUAACGACGUGAUGGUGUCCUGUUUGGACGGCACCAACAAAUACCCGCCAGUGAACGCCCUGCAGUAUCUCGAGGAUCGCUUCGCCACCUCCUACAAAUAAUUCAGCGGAGCUCCUGCCUGUCAGCCAUGUGCAGUAGUGCCAAUCAAGUAUGCGAGUGCCAAACCAGAGGCUGUCAAUCAAGUGUAUGAAUGCCAAUCAAGUAUGCAAGUGCCAAUCAAGAGACUGUCAAUCAACCAUGAGUGCCAAUUGAUAGGCUGUCAAUCAAUAAUGCGAGUGCCAUGCCAAUCAAAAGGCUGUCAAUCAGUUAUAUCGGUGCCAAUCAAGAGGCUGUCAUUCAAGUAUGUGAGUGCCAAUCAAGAAUGUGAGUGCCAAACCAGAGGCUGUCAUUCAAUUAUGUGAGUGCCAAUCAACUAUGCAAGUGCCAAUCAAGAGACCGUCAAUCAACUAUGAGUGCCAAUUGAUAGGCUGUCAAUCAAUAAUGCGAGUGCCAUGCCAAUCAAAAGGCUGUGAAUCAAUUAUAUCGGUGCCAAUCAAGAGGCUGUCAUUCAAGUAUGUGAGUGCCAAUCAAGAGGCUGCCAAUCAAGUAUAUGAGUGCCAAUCAAGUAUGUGUGUGCCAAUUCAGAGGCUGUCAUUCAAUUAUGUGAGUACCAUGCCAAUCAAGAGGCUGUCUUUCAAGUAUGUGAGUGCCAAACCAGAGGCUGUCAAUCAAGUGUAUGAAUGCCAAUCAAGUAUGCAAGUGCCAAUCAAGAGACUGUCAAUCAACUAUGAGUGCCAAUCAAAAGGCUGUCAAUAAAUUAUAUCGGUGCCAAUCAAGAGGCUGCCAAUCAAGUAUAUGAGUGCCAAUCAAGUAUGCGAGUUCCAAUUCAGAGGCUGUCAUUCAAUUAUGUGAGUGCCAAUCAAGUAUGCAAGUGCCAAUCAAGAGACCAUCAAUCAACUAUGAGUGCCAAUUGAUAGGCUGUCAAUCAAUAAUGCGAGUGCCAUGCCAAUCAAAAGGCUGUCAAUCAAUUAUAUCGGUGCCAAUCAAGAGGCUGUCAUUCAAGUAUGUGAGUGCCAAUCAAGAGGCUGCCAAUCAAGUACAUGAGUGCCAAUCAAGUAUGUGUGUGCCAAUUCAGAGAACGUCAAUCAAUUAUAUCAGUGCCAAUUGAUAGGCUGGCAAUCAAGUAUGCGAGUACCAUGCCAAUCAAGAGGCUGUCUUUCAAGUAUGUGAGUGCCAAACCAGAGGCUGUCUUUCAAUUAUAUCAGUACCAAUCAAGAGGCUUUCAAUCAACUAUAAGUGCCAAUCAAGUAUGUAAGUGCCAAUCAAGAGGCUGUCAUUCAAGUAUACGAGUGCCAAUCAAGUAUGCGAGUGCCAAUCCAGAGGCUGUCAAUCAGAUAUGCGAGUGCUAAUCAAGAGGCUGUCAAUCAAGUAUAUGAGUGCCAAUCAGCUGCCUAUUGUGUACAUACGAGUGCCCAUCCAGUAUGUGACCGCUAAUCAAAGGUCACUCCAAAGUUUAACGACUAAUUGUCUGGAAGGGACAGAAUCUACUUUUUGGUUGUUGUGAUGCAAGGUUUGCCACGGGAGGAGGAGGAAGAGGAGGAGGAAGAAGCAAAUCAGCUCCCACUUUAGCUUAUGCUGACACAUCAGAUCUUUUUCUUUGUCUUUAUUGCCCAGGACUCUUGCUUAAUAAGCGACUGAUUUGUAACCAACCCUGAACUGCCAGUCACCUUGUCAACUGCACUAAUGUCUGACUGUCACAACAGGACAUCUCAGCAAGUGCCUUG